AUCUCAUCUGUCGUUAACUAGCCACUAAACAGUGAAGGCGGAGGAAAAUAAAAACAAAACUUAGCAAAUAUCUCAAUUGUUUGCAUUGUUUCCAGCUUCGAAUAUACGUAAGUAAUGAAUAUUGGAGCAACAUCAUGCAGUGUGGCCCGCAAUUUAGCUCGAUUCAAACUGAUAACCUUCGAUGUUACGGAUACGCUUCUAAAAUUUUCUCGGCCACCGGAAGUUCAAUAUGCUUUGGCGGCUCGACAACAUGGCUGUACUGAGAUAAAUGAACAAGCUCUAGCUAGAAGCUUUCGAUCACAUUUUAAGCGAAUGGCCCGUAGUUACCCCAAUUUUGGGAAACGCUCUAAGGACUGGGUUUGGUGGUGGCGCACCUUAGUCAUUAAUAUAUUUCGCGAUUCACAUGAUCAUAUUGAUGAAAUAAUGAUACAUGAAGUAGCCGAACAGUUGAUUGAGAACUAUAAAACACGGGAUUGUUGGACCGAAGUCCAUUUGGCUAGUGAAGUUAUGAAAAUUGCACGGAUCCACUGUAAACAAAUAGGUAUCAUAUCAAACUUCGAUCCAAGGCUCAAUACAAUUCUCGAAGUAAUGUCCUUACCGAAAGUCGACUUUGUAUUAACUAGUUACGAUGCUGAUAGCCAGAAACCCGACCGUAAGAUUUUUGACAUCGCGCUAAAACAAUGCACUACUCAAGUGUACCCACAUGAAGCGCUACAUAUCGGAAACUCUCCUAAGCAAGACUAUAUUGGAGCGAAACACGCUGGUUGGUCCAGCGUAUUGGUAAACGUUACAAAAGAAACAGAACGGGAAUUUUCUUUCAAUCCAGAAAUUAACCCCAAGCACAUUUUUAAAACAUUUGAUGACUUUACUCAAGCUUUAAAAUCUGAACAGAUUAUUUGGGAAUGAUACAUAU